CCCUGUGACUCCAUGGAGCCCCUGCAGCUCUGUCCUGUGUGCACAUGCUCUUGUCAACAACCAGGAAACCCACCCUUCUAUCCCCAGUGAGGCCUGGACCCCCCGGGAGGGGGCACUGGAAUUGAUGGGACCGAACAUGCUGCUGCUCAAGAAACAGACGGAGGACAUUAGCAGCGUCUAUGAGAUCCGGGAGAAGCUGGGCUCGGGUGCUUUCUCUGAGGUGGUGUUGGCCCAGGAGCGGGGCUCCUCACACCUUGUUGCUCUCAAGUGCAUCUCCAAGAAGGCCCUUCAAGGCAAGGAGGCCCUGGUGGAGAAUGAGAUUGCGGUGCUCCGCAGGGUCAGCCACCCCAACAUCGUGGCUCUGGAGGACGUCCACGAGAGCCCCUCCCACCUCUACCUUGCCAUGGAGCUGGUGACAGGAGGUGAGCUGUUCGACCGCAUCAUGGAGCGUGGCUCCUACACAGAGAAGGAUGCCAGCCACUUGGUGGGCCAGGUUCUUGGUGCUGUCUCCUACCUGCACAGCUUGGGCAUUGUGCACCGUGACCUCAAGCCUGAAAACCUCCUCUAUGCCACACCAUUUGAGGACUCUAAGAUCAUGGUGUCUGACUUCGGCCUCUCCAAAAUCCAGGCUGGCAACAUGCUGGGCACCGCCUGUGGUACCCCAGGAUAUGUGGCCCCGGAGCUCUUGGAACAGAAACCCUAUGGAAAGGCCGUAGAUGUGUGGGCCCUGGGUGUCAUCUCCUACAUUCUGCUGUGUGGGUACCCCCCCUUCUACGACGAGAGCGACCCCGAACUCUUCAGCCAGAUCCUGAGGGCCAGCUACGAGUUUGACUCUCCCUUUUGGGAUGACAUCUCAGAAUCAGCCAAAGACUUCAUCCGGCACCUUCUGGAGCGAGACCCCCAGAAGAGGUUCACCUGCCAGCAGGCCUUACAGCAUCUUUGGAUCUCCGGGGAUGCCGCCUUUGACAAGGACAUCCUGGGCUCAGUCAGUGAACAGAUCCAGAAGAAUUUUGCUCGAACCCACUGGAAGCGGGCAUUCAAUGCCACCUCUUUCCUGCGCCACAUCCGAAAGCUGGGGCACAGCCCAGAAGGUGAGGAGGCCUCAGAGCGGAAGAUGGCCCGCCACAGCCACCCAGGCCUCCGGGCCGGCCAGUCCCCCAACUGGUGACGCCCAGAUGCCGAGGCUGAAUGCACUGACCCCCAGAUUCUCUUCCCACGGACUCGUUCACUCCUCUUCCCCAUCCCCUGAACCCCGGGGCUGGCCUCUGCUGGAGAGUUUGAGACAUGUCAGUGUGGCGCAUGACACUGGGGUGAGAGUGGGGCACCCCCAGGCUCUGCCCUCACCUUAGGGGCUGGUGGAGCAUGUCCACAGGGCUCCCCUCCCCUGUCACCGCCAUAACCCCUUUGAAACCUGGAGAGGCUCCAGGGAAAGUCCUUCCUGCACGCUGUUCUGCGCUUCGCUGACUGUGGGUGGUUCCGCUUGUGUCGUAGCCCUCCA